AUGGCCCGAGUGCAAAAUGCGGAAGAAGGUAUAAAGCACAUUUUCCAAGUAGUGCAUCCACUAUUGAACGCACUCGGUGCCUGGCCAACGGACGUUAAGUCUUCUGUGCUUUCGAAGACAAGAAAAUUUAUUCAUAUCGUUCUUGUGUACUUCAUAGAACUCGCUGUCAUUGCAUCGGCUCUGAUGUACACAUUUUUGUUUGUGAAAAACACCAGCAUCAGGAUUCAGUUGAUAAUGCCGCACUUCACGCACUUCUGCCAGUUGUGCAAGUAUACUAUUGUCUUAUGGCGGCAUAACGAGAUUCGUGAAUUGUUAAAUGACUUAAGAAACGACUGUAUGAAAGCUACGGAAAAUGAUCAAUGGAUUUACACAACCCGAGCCACUAUUGGACACAGAUUGAUGAUGUCGCUCAUUAUCUUUUUAUUCUCAGGCGGUGCGCUUUAUCUAACGGUCACUCCAUUCUUGAGAGAAAAGGUUGUUCUACCGGAUAACACGACCAUAAGACCUUUACCUAGUCCAUGUUACUUUGUUCUAUUCAGCGAUCAAAUUACUCCCAAUUACGAGAUGAUCUUUUUUAUUCAAGUCUUCUGCGGUCUCAUCACUUACACGAUGUAUACUGGAGCUCUCGGGCUUUGUACGACGCUUUGUCUACACAUGUGCAGCAUGUUGAAAAUCUUGGGGAAUAAAAUGAGAGAUCUUUCGGGUUUGUCAGAAACGGAUGAUGACACUGUGCAGAAGGAGAUCGCGGAUAUUGUUGAGUAUCACACGAAAAUCAGAAAGUGA